UGAAAGCGUCGUCUUCCCCGAAUCUUAUUUAUAGAUUUUUGGUUUUAAUCCUUAACUGAAAAAAACAAAACAUUUGCAAUUUAUGGCUUUGGUGGACGUCAAUACCGAGAGGUAUGGAUGUUUGCCAAAGGCAGGAAUACGACAGGUAUUAUGGUUGACGUGUUUGUAAUCGCGAAUAUUGGCAGAGACGGGUUUCAUCUCGUGUUGAAUGUUUUCAGAACUAUCGCUAUGUACAUCACCACCGUCAGAGAUGCCAUCAGUUUCAUCAUAGACACCAACUACAAGAUAGUAUCACAGAUUUUCUACCAUGUUUCUUCCUUCUGUUGUGUUAUUUUUGGAAUGGCAAAUAUGAUGUAUACAUUUGUCGUUCAUAUGUUACAAAGCUGGUAUGAAUUCCUGUACGAAUUUGUGGCCUGCUUAUAUGCUAUCGUUUUGUUUAUUUGGAAACUUUUGGUGCUGGUAUAUAAAAUAUUGUGUUUUAUUUUCACUGGAGCAGAGACUGUUGUUAUGUGUGUACUGACUGGUAGUUACACGACACUAACCACACUAAAACAGUCGGCAUUAGACAUUGUCAACAGUUGUUAUGUGAUAUGUAGCAGUGGAGUUGAAAUAUUACAGGAAUUGGUAAAUGCAGUUGUUGGAGGAUUUUUCAUUAUUGGAAAUGUGGCUGUUGGCAUCGUGAAAGCUGUGUGGUGGAGCCUGGGUUUCACAUUUGCAUCGGUGCUAACUUUAUUAUGUACUUGCUACCAACAUAUUUAUAACAUUUGGAACACAGUUGUGUCAGCUGCUACCAAUGUGUUCACUGUAUCGCAGGAGGUGUAUUUGGGAGUGAUCAUUUGUUGUUUAAUUUAUCUUGCCAUUUCGAACUUGAUUUCUUUCAUCAGGUCAAAGGGAAUUAAUAUUAGACAGCUGUGGACGAGAUCCAGUCCUCGGGUCCGUAGACCCCGAUACGACUUUGAUACAGGUUUUGAAAGUGAUGCGGAAAUCAUAGAUAACGAGAAUGUUGAUGAAGAGGACGAUGAUCAGAGUGACAGGAGUGACUCAGUGUCAGACAGCUCUGUUGCCAAUGAUAGCGAAGAUGAUGUCAGUGGUGAUGAUGAUGAAAGUGAUGGAUCAGUAAACUCGCAGACAUUUUCAUCGGAAAGUGAUCAGGAAAUUGAAAUAAGUCUUCCCGAACCUUCCACUCUAAGAUAUCCUCUACGAAGUCGGUCAUCGACACCAUCAAGGUUGAAGAACCUAUCCUGCGAGGAAUUUGUGUACGAAAUAGAAAAGGAAAAAGACAAAAGAAAGUGUGUUGUGUGUCAAGAUCAGAAUAAGUGUGUGCUUAUUUUACCUUGUCGACACAUGUGUCUAUGUGUUGACUGUGCCAACCACAUUGUUAGAGCUAGGUAUGCUGUGAGGAGGGUGUGUCCACUUUGCAGACAACAGAUUGAGAAAGUCAUGAAUGUUUAUGUGUGAUCCAUCUUCAUUUUGUAUAUAUAACUAUCAUCGGUAGCAUAAAUAUAUGUGUACAGUACAUAUACAUGCACCAACCAUAAUGUCAACUAGGCAUAGGUACCCAGUAUGGAUGGUGUAAUCACAGCACAGUGAGAAUGUACAUUAUUGAGGCAUAAAACAUGUUGACUUCAUUGUUACAUUUAUCUUGUACAAGUGAUCUUCCUAUUUGAUUUUUGAUUAUAAAAUGCCAUAAUUAUUAAAUGUUAACUGUUAUACUUUGCAUAGUUCAAAAAAUUUAUGUCAGUAUUUUGGGGAUUAGGUUUGUUUUAAAGUGUUUGAAAACCCCCCAGAUAUUGAACAGUUAUUAACAGGUAAAAUCAGGGAUUGACAAAUCCACUAGCCCUUGGUCCCGGCUAGUGAAUAUUUGGUCUGGGCUAGUGGAAAUUAUCAACUAAAAAUUUAAUACAUAGGAUAGGGUACUAACCAGAGCUAUUGUGAGGGCUAUCGACUUUCUCAAACAUUUGUCCUGGUGAGAAUGGCCAUAAGCGUAUGAGAUGGGGUGUGGGGGAGGGGGACCUAAUGCUGGAGCAAACCUCAUAUUUGGGCAAAAUGUGUUAACCUGAUACCUUUUUACAAUGUAUUUCCAUAAUUCUACCCUCAAAAUUAGCUGUAAUCCAUGUAAAAAUGCAGAGUGAUUCGUUUGCAACACAGAGUUGUUUGGUAGUAAUGCUAAUAUGAAUAAUUGUUGUUAUCCAGAUUCAGGGAUUUUUGUUUAAUUUGGGCAAAAACCAGCCUGCCCUCCCCCCACCCUAAAAAUAGGGAGCCUGUAUGCCUGUGAUCUAUAUUUGAUUCCGACAUUUUUUUUUAAUUUGGGCAAAAGCCAGUCUGCCCCCCUCCCCCCCCCGAAAUGGGAGCCUGUACACCUAGGAGAAUGAUAACAGGUGUAUAGUCUUUAUAAUUCAAAUCCUUCUUAUGUUCAUAUAAUUCUAACCAUUUGUGUAACUGAAAGUUGAAAGUUGAUCGGUUAGUGAAAAUCGAUUACCUGUAUAACCUGUAUUUGAAUUAUGUCAAACCCUGUUUGUCAUUUUACAUGUUUCAGUUGAAGCCAGUCAAGGAUGACUGUACAUGUCAUUGUACCUCUCUGGAUGGGUCAUGGAUUGUGCCAAGAACAUGUAUUUUAGCUGUUUUAUAUUAACAUGUUAAUACAGUGUUACAAAGUAAAGCUUACAUGUAUUUGGGUUGUAUACAUUUAUGUACUCUGCUUUAUUCCAUACAUGUAUAUACAAUUAUGGAGCCUCCCCCACCCCCAUGUGUGCAACACAUAAAUUAAUAAUUGUUUUAAUAUGGACAGGCAAAUGACAAACCUAACCAAAUAACUUGAGGCUUCUAGCAGACAUAUGUGUAGAAACUAAGUUUUCAUCCUUUAGUACAUCCAACCUGUUAUUUCUGGGAUAUGUACUAAAUAUGCAACCCAGGCCUCCGAGAAUUGAAAAUCUGUGACACCCAUUUAUCGGUUACGCAGAAAUAAAUCCAGGUAACCCAUUUCAUUUUUGCGUAACCCGUUAUAUCCUAGUAAAUGGUGCUCCAAAUUUUGCACAAACAAAAAAUGUUAUGCAAAUUGGAUUUACGCAAAAUAUAUUUGUGCAAGCAACACGCAAACAAAAUGAUUGCUCUCGCAAUUUUCAGAGGCCUGCUGUUCAACUUGGUUUGACACAACUCCCAACUUCCCAAGUGAUGACAAAAACGUGAUGCAUACAGGGUUCAUGUUCAUGUUCAUGUUCAUGAAGUGGGUCGAAGGGCUUUUGAGUUCUUUGCUUAUUCUUGUAUUAGCAUGUACUUUUGCCUAUAACCACAUUAUUAUUAUUGAAUCUGGUAUACUUGGUGUAGUUAAUAUUGAAUCUGGUAUACUUGGGUGUAGUUUAAUUUAUCAGAAAUUUGUAAUUAGUGCAAAUAGUCAAGUACAGUAGCUUUUACAAGUUAUACUACCACCUCCAACCACAGUACGGCAUGAUACUCAAGUGUUAAACUUAAUAUCAGAAUUUGUUGCCCCAAAUAAGCAACAACAACAAACAAACAAAAAAGAAGAAAAAAAGGGGGGAGAAAAAACUCCGAAAGGUGACCAGCAUGUCAGAACCCCAUAAUGCAUUGUCACGUUUAUACAUGUAUUUCUCUAACAAAACCAGCAGGAAAUGCUUCUCCCUUUUAUAUUAUUUAGACACCUGAUGUUGGCAUACAUACACAUAUUAAAAUAUCUCAUGACAAGGGUUUAAAAAUAAUGCUGGUGUUCCUGGGGAGGAAGCGGGAAGGAAUUUACGAGGAUGCACGUCUCUUAUUUGGAAAAUGGUGAAGAGCGAGAGCUGUUGUUUUAUUUCCUUUUUUCAUAUUUUGUUACUUAUUACUACCACAAAUAUUUUCAGGUUUUAUCAUUAAAUCACAUUGUACACGUAAUUCUGCCUUGUCUAUUAUUUGCAGCUUAUUUUUGUAAAGAAUAAAUAAGUUUUGUGUGCUUCAACAUGCCACACAACAAUAUAAUUUGA